CCUGAAACUUCGCCAGUCACACUCAAGCCCCCUUGGGUGCCACUGAAAAAUUACCCAGCCGCUUCUUCCAAUGUCACCGCUUUGGUGAUAUCGCGACCGAAACGGACACAGUGCAUGGCCAGCACCAAAACAAAAAAUAAUAUCACGCGGUUGCGGUACAACUCUCUUCCAUCAGUAGCUCCAAAUAUCUACGUAUGGGUAAAUAUCGCUCGAGGAGUGGCUGUCUUACCUGUCGAGCACGCCGUGUCAAGUGCGAUGAGACCCACCCGGUAUGCAAGGCCUGUAGCAAGAAAAACCGGCCGUGUCAGUGGGAAGAGCCACACACCAAGUUCAAGGACUAUCGGCCGGGAGCGCCCUCGUCGACCAAGUCUGCAACCGACGGUACAGACGAUGAAAACGAGGAAAGAGACAAUCUCGAAAGCAACGACGUGGACGACGAAGAGAGAGAUGCCGAUGACGAAGAUGAAGAGAUGGUUGCUGCAGACGGUACCGGCGAGGGAGGCCGCAACCAGGCUACUUCACAGCGCGACAUCCAGAGCAGCAGUCGGGCUGGUCAGCCAUUAGAUGCCCUUUCCUCCAGUCUACCUUCGCCUACGUCCCAGUUGUUUCCGCCAUACUAUGCUACAACUGCGAUUACGAGUGGCGGUGUGUCCAUGGCCAUGUUACUGCAGCACGAUAACCCAGACACUCAAACACAUACACCCAUCCAACAGACUCGCCCGAUUUACUCGUCCCAGCCGGUUCCCUUGACUCAUCGAGAGGCUGUGCUGGUGCACCACUUCACCGAAAACCUCGGCCGCUGGCUUGACUGCACAGAUGCGACCCACCAAUUCACACUUGGAGUACCGGAGAAAGUCAAACACUGUCUCGUGCUUGGCCACGCAGUCCUUGCGUUUGCUGCUCGCCACUGCAAGCAGCAUGAUGUCGCAGAAGCGGCGUAUCAAAGCUGCAUUUCUCUGCUGAUCAUGCGGCUGAACGACGAAAACGCAAGUCAUGACGAGACUCUACUAUGUGCAAUUGUCAUCCUGCACUUUUACGAGCAGCUGAGCCUCCCGUCACGCGUAGGCUCAGAAGACGAGCAACAGCACUUGGCAGGUUGCUCGGCCAUUAUCCGCUCCUCGCAAGGAUACCAUUUUGUAGAUCCUUCAGCGCCCACCCUGCGCGAGGCCGCCUUUUGGGUCUAUGUACGGCAAUGCAUCCACAAUGCCACCAUGAACAAGCAGCUGCCCGACAUUGACUUUUCAUUGCAGUUGCACCCAGAGCCCAGCUCUAUGCGGGAUGUGCAUCCACUAGCUCGCCUGAGGUUAGAAACGGCUUGGUCGAACCAGAUGGCAUGGAACCUCGCCCGUGUCGUGAAUUACUGUUUUGACGGGAGCGAGCCUUACAGUGAGAUGUCGCCCAAGAUGGAGCAAUGGCAAAAUCUCUGGGAGCUCGUUCAGACAUGGAUGCGGGACAGACCAGCCGGCUUCAAUGCCAUUUAUGAAGGCCCAGCUGGCGAUCAGGGCCCAUUUCCCAACAUCUGGUUCACAGCCGAUUGGCAUGCUGUAUCCUUCUGUUUCUACCACUUUGCAUGUAUCAUGCUACUCCGCUACAAGCCCGGCUCAAAGCUAGCAACACACAACAUGGGCAGUCUAUCUGAACCAGACCACCAGAUCCUCAAGCAUGCACGAGCCAUCUGCGGCGCAGCCAAGAGCUCAAAAGAGACGGCUACAUUAGCCAUCAUAGUACGCCACACGGUGUUUGUAUGGGGCCCGCUGGUAUCCGACACAAAAGAGCGCGAAGAAGUCGUCCAGAUACUAGCUCAAGUCGAAAAAGACCACGUGUGGCCCACAAUGUGGAUCAUCAACGCACUGCGCGUCGAGUGGGGAAUCUCUUCCAACCCUACCGCAUCCAUAUCCCCCAUGGAGUUUUAGACACAAGAAAAAAAAGAAGAAAAAAAAGAGAAAUCGAAUCACGUACAU